AUGAGGAAGCUGGUGAAUGAGCAGACCCACCUCGGUAAGGCGGAGAAAAAAAUAGUGAUUAUUCGCGGCGAAGACGGUUGUGCGUAUCGUCGCAGCAUUCAGGUGUUUUUCAUGAAUGAGAGCGCUGAGUUUCUUCUCUGCCAGCCUGUGGGGGAGUGCAACGACAAGUUUCUCCAAACAGUACAAGGUGGCAGCGAGGGCGAGGAGUCUCCGCAAGAAACAGCGCGGCGUGAGACGUGGGAGGAGAUUGGACUGAAUCUCGAGAAGGACGCCACGUUUAUAUGCGAGGUGCAACCUCCUGCUGCUGCGAUGGGAGAGGAAGGGCAAGCAGGAGAGACGAGAAACGAAGCGAACGAAAUCGUGUCUGAACACCGCAGCGCCUUUCGCUACAAGAGCAAGACGUGGGCGAAGCAGGGCAUUAGAGGCCAAGAGCUCUACCCCCUGUUGUACUUCUUGGGACGGGAGAAGGUGCAACACAUCAACACACAUGGGUGGGAGCGCGGCAUUCGAGCAGAGUUUCGCUCAGUCAAGUGGGGGAUGUUGGCUGAGUUGGAAGAGAAGGCACCACCUUCGAAGAAGGCAGUGAUGAAAUCCGUGUGCUCCGCCGUGGCUGCCGCUGCUAAGUCGUUCGUGGAGUCGUGUAGCUCCUCCACCGCCGGACUGCCGAACGUGACCAACGAGGAGCCCUUAGUAGCUUAG